GAAAUUUGUCCGCAACGACACAUCUCACGGGUUACGCGUAGUGGUAGAACACUCACACCCUUUUAGAAACCACGGUUAACUGAGCACAAAUGCCUUUUUGUUUUUGUUCUUGUUCUACAAGAUGAGUUAACAUCGGGGUACAGCUGUUGAUUUAGUUUUUUAAAUAUCCUUACCACUUUGUGACUUUUUGUGCUUCUUGGAACGACUGCACUUCAUGGCGAAUGUGUCAACAACAUCUGCUGUUGCUGGAAAGUCCGCGCGAGAGAGGUUGCAUCCAGUUCUUCAUGGAGCUGCGAGUGACUGCCAGCCAUUGCCGUCUUAUCAGGAAUACCCCGCGCCCCGGCCUUUCAUCAACCCACCAAGUGACGUUCAUGUACCCCAUCGACCUCCAUCACCCAGCAAAGGCUAUCCUGAGACCAACAGUGCAGCCAUCUUGUCGGCAUUGAGGCAUCUCCAGGAAAAGAUCCGGAAGUUGGAGCUGGAGAGCAAACGAGACGAACUCGUAAGGAGAGAAACACCGCGUCCACACACCACUAGGAUGAGUCUGAGGACCUCAACUAGCCAAACGGUCAUGGGGAGAGUGACGAAUAAUCAGUCCAACUGUAACCAAGCGUUAGUCACCCAACUUGCGGCUGCAGAGUCUCGCUGUCUGAAUCUGGAGCGUCAGCUGGAUCACAUGAGGAAGAUGUUGCACAACGCCCAGGGAGAGAAGAAGAGCCUUUUAAAACAGCAGGUGACCAUAAAUGCGCCGAGGUCCACGCACGAACAAACCACAACGGAGUCUGAGCGUGUCCAGCUGCAGAAAAUAUUAAGACUGGAGCAGGAAUAUCUCAGACUGACACGCACUCAGGCCCAAGCUGAGGUGAAGAUUCAAGAGUUGGAGCAGAAACUGCAGGAAGAGGAGCACCAGAGAAAGUUGGUCCAGGAUAAAGCAAACCAGCUGCAGUCGGGUUUGGAGGUCAACAGAAUCCUGCUGCAGUCGACUUCGCCGCAUCCCGAAGACAGGAAGUCAAUUUUAAAGAAUAAGUCUUCCCACUGGGAACCUCACUACAAACUGAACCUCAACGAUGUACCUUUUGUGACCGGCACGUCGGUAAGCGGCAGCCACUCGGUCCGAGCCAACGUGCAGUCGGUUUUGUCUCUCCUGAAGCGCCACCAGCCUCACCUGUGCAACAGCCGCGUCCUCGCCAGAAACAACAACGCCGUCCGCUCGGGUCGGACAAACCGGCGCCAUUCGGACGGUUCCUCUGGCUCCGCCUCCUCCGCCAGUGGGGAGCUGUCGGAACUUCUACAGGCGCUGCAGGAGGAGCUCAGAAUGAUGAGCUUAGAGCAAGACGAGCUGAUGCGCGAGCUGGAGCGCAGUCGUUCUCUGCAGGAGCGAAGACAGCUACAGCGCGAGCAGGAGACCUUGCUCCUCAAAAUGGAACGCAAAGGAGAACAGAUUAGUAAAAUCUACAGGCACAAAAUUCAGAUGAGGAAAUUAAAAAAGGAGGCGUGCCGGAAGAAUCCAACCAGAGUGAGCGCAGUCAAACCAGGAGAAAAUAGCAAGCACACUCUCAGGCUGCUCAAGGAUAUGAAAGCUCUGCAGACAUCUUUAACAUAGAGAAAUGAAUACUACAAAUGAACCCAAAUCCAUUUUAAAGUGCAUCUUAACAAAUCCCUCUUGUCACUUUGGCUCAAUGUUUGCUACAACUCAGCUGUGGAUUAUAAAAGGGUUUACAGACUCGAGACCGAACAGGGGUGUGGAGACUUUUUAUAACCAUUAAAGCAUUUACCUCAACUGUUUUUUUCUGCACUUCAAUGCAGUACAUUCCACAAUCUAUAACAAAAAAAUGGUGCCGACAAGUCUGCCUUGUGUUGUAAAACCAUUCCUU